GGGUGGAGUUUGUGGAGGAAGAUGGCGGCCGCCCGUGGGUUAUCGCUAAUGGCCGUGGCGCUGAGGGUGGUCACUCCCUGGGCAAGGGGCAGUAGGCUCCUCGCGGCCUCUCGCGGACCUCAGGCUCGUCGGGAAGCGUCGUCCUCCAGCUCCGAGGCCGGAGAAGGACAGAUCCACCUGACCGACAGCUGCGUCCAGAGGCUUCUGGAAAUCACCGAAGGGUCAGAAUUCCUCAGGCUGGAGGUGGAGGGAGGCGGAUGCUCCGGAUUCCAAUACAAAUUUUCACUGGAUACAGUUAUCAAUCCCGACGACAGGGUAUUUGAACAGGGUGGGGCAAGAGUGGUGGUUGACUCUGAUAGCUUGGCCUUCGUGAAAGGGGCCCAGGUGGACUUCAGCCAAGAACUGAUCCGCAGCUCAUUUCAAGUAUUGAACAAUCCUCAAGCGCAGCAAGGCUGCUCCUGUGGCUCAUCCUUCUCUGUCAAACUUUGAUGCGACGGCAGGUGACCCAGAGAUUGCUUCCACUUGCACCAAUGUGAGGAGCCUGGCAGUAGUAGAAUUCUAGAGGUUUCCUUCCAAUCAUCGUUCUCUCAAUUGUUUUUUUCCCUUCAGUCUAGGAGUGUUGUGUUUGCCACUGUUAUUUUCAGAACGUGAAGCUUUUACUCUUGAUUUAAUUUCACUCACACAGUUCUGAGGCCAAGCGUCUAGAUGCGAUGAUCUAAGCUCUGCUAACUUGUUGAAACCCACCCUGUGUAAUCUGUAGAGCCUUCAAAGUUCCAGAGUUUCGAGUUACUUCUCUGGCCUUCAGAGCUGCUUGUACAUAUGCGUUUAGCUAUGUAUAAAAGCUUUAUUUUGAAGGAAGUCCUUAUUGUGUUCUGGAUCAGGGUCACAGAUCGGGGACCUUAACUCUGGUUACCAGGCUAGAGAGGAUGAGAAAGGCAGUGUUCUCUUUUUUCAUCUCACCCUUUCUGAAUGUGUUACUAGACAUCGUCUUUUUCUUUUUUCUUUUCUUUUCUUUUCUUUUCCUUUUCUCUUCUUUUUUUUUUUUGGCAUCCUUAUUUUCUAUGCAGCUCAUUCUCCACUUUCCGUUUGUUAGGGUAAAUCCUUUUUUCUUUCUUACUCCUCAUUCUGCUAAAUUUACAAAACCAGUAGCUCACCCAGAAAACUUGGAUCGAACCCCCGCUGAUAACCUGAAUCAUUUGGAAAGUAGGCCCCAUACUCCAUACUCACAGAGACAUUUCAAGAUUCUGUGAUCAUUCAGUGACUGAUAUGUUGCUUCACUUACCUUAUUGUGUAAAAUGUCUUUUGUCUCGUGCA